UGCCUUGUUUGUUCUUUGACGCAGUGCCGGUCGCUCUAGCAAGAGCUGCUCUAUAGUAAACUCAGGCCCUUGCCGGAAGAAAGUGAGGGGAGGCGGCGGAGGCCAGUGGUUUGUGUCCGGCAGGGCUGGAGUUUGAACGGGCAGCUGAGGUGAAACGCAGUAGCCGCCAUGGGGGUACCGAAGUUUUACCGGUGGAUCUCGGAGCGGUAUCCGUGUCUCAGCCAGGUGGUGAAGGAACAUCAGAUUCCAGAAUUUGACAACUUGUACCUGGACAUGAAUGGUAUCAUUCAUCAGUGUUCACACCCUAACGAUGAUGAUGUUCACUUCAGAAUCUCUGAAGACAAGAUCUUUGCUGAUAUAUUUCACUACUUGGAAGUAUUGUUUCGCAUUAUUAAACCAAGAAAGGUUUUCUUCAUGGCAGUAGAUGGAGUCGCUCCAAGAGCAAAAAUGAACCAACAACGUGGUAGACGUUUUAGGUCAGCGAAGGAGGCAGAAGACAAAAUAAAGAAGGCAUUAGAAAAAGGAGAAACUCUUCCAACAGAAGCCAGAUUUGAUUCCAAUUGUAUUACACCAGGGACUGAAUUCAUGGCCAGGUUGCAUGAACACCUGAAGUAUUUUGUAAAUAUGAAGAUUUCAACAGACAAAUCCUGGCAAGGCGUAACUGUCUACUUAUCAGGCCAUGAGACACCAGGAGAAGGGGAACAUAAAAUUAUGGAAUUUAUAAGGUCAGAGAAAGCAAAGCUUGACCAUGAUCCAAACACAAGGCACUGUCUGUACGGUUUAGAUGCUGACUUGAUUAUGCUUGGGCUGACAAGUCAUGAGCCACAUUUCUCCCUCUUACGAGAAGAGGUCCGAUUUGGUGGCAAAAAGUCCCAAAGAGUGUGUGCCCCAGAAGAAACCACUUUUCAUUUACUGCACUUGUCGUUAAUGAGAGAAUAUAUUGACUAUGAAUUUUCACCAGUUAAAGACAAGAUAUCGUUUACAUAUGAAAUUGAAAGAAUAAUAGAUGACUGGAUCUUAAUGGGCUUUCUUGUUGGAAAUGAUUUUAUCCCUCAUCUACCUCACUUGCAUAUUAACCAUGAUGCAUUGCCACUGCUUUAUAGAAUGUACAUGGCUAUAUUGCCUGAACUUGGAGGUUACAUUAAUGAAAGUGGGCACCUCAACUUACCUCGUUUUGAGAAAUACCUCACAAAAUUGUCAGAUUUUGAUCGUGACCAUUUCAGUGAAAUCUUUGUAGAUCUAAAGUGGUUUGAAAGCAAAGUAGGGAAUAAAUAUUUGAAUGAGGCAGCUGGUAUCGCAGCAGAAGAAUCAAAAAUGCAAAACAAACACAAGGCUCAGGAAAAUGCUAUAUGCUUGGCUACUUUAGAGAAAACUGACAAUGGAAAUGUACCAACUUCAAAAACUGCAUUAGAAGAUGAACCAGAAGAUGAUGAUUUGUUUGAGACAGAGUUUAGGCAAUACAAAAGAACGUACUAUAUGACAAAGAUGGGUGUAGAAGUAGUUUCAGAUGACUUUCUGGCUGACCAGGCAGCGUGUUACGUCCAGGCAAUUCAGUGGAUAUUGCACUACUACUACCAUGGGGUUCAGUCAUGGAGCUGGUACUACCCCUAUCAUUAUGCACCUUACCUCUCAGAUAUCCAAAACAUCAGUAAACUGAAGAUCCAUUUGGAUUUAGGAAAACCAUUCAUGCCAUUUGAACAGCUUCUUGCAGUACUUCCAGCAGCUAGUAAGGAUUUGCUGCCAAAAUGCUACCAGCAUUUGAUGACCAAUGAAGAGUCUCCCAUUAUUGAAUAUUAUCCAACAGAAUUUAAAACUGAUCUAAAUGGAAAACAACAAGAAUGGGAAGCAGUAGUGUUAAUCCCAUUUAUUGAUGAGAAACGAUUGUUAGAAGCAAUGGAACCCUGCAACAAGUUAUUAACAGCAGAAGAAAGGCAAAGAAAUAGGCACAGUGAGUGCCUGAUGUGUCUGUAUGAUAAAGAUACAGAGUUCCAGUACCUGUCACCAUGGCCAGAGAAGUUCCCUUCCAUAGAAAGGUGUCAUACCAGGCAUAAAGCUAUGUCUUUGGAUGUCUGGCGCGUAGAUAUAGACCAAAAUAAAAUAACUAAAUUGGAUACGGAAAGGCUGUAUUUCUGUGGCUUUCCUACUUUGAAGCAUAUUAAUCAUAAGUUCUAUCUUAAAAAAAGUGGGGUACAAGUGUUUCAACAGAGCAGCCAUGGAGAAAAUAUGCUACUAGAAAUUAUGGUUGCAGAAGAUUCAGAGGAACUAAGUGAAGGAAAUGUAGCCAGUUUGGUGCUUGGGAAAUCAAUAUUCGUUAACUGGCCACACUUGGAAGAAGCCAGAGCUGUUGCUGUAUCAGAUGGUGAAACUAAGUUUAAUUUGGAGGAGCCUCCUGGAACACAGAAGCUCUGCAUGGGAAAUGAUGUGCCACCAACUAAAGUAACAUUUGUUGGAGAUAAAGAACAGAAUAUAUGGAUGAAAGAAAUCCAAGGAAUUUCAGAACAUUACCAGAGAAGAAAAGGAGUAAUCAUAAAUGAAACCUCCAUAAUUGUAUAUGCUCAGCUACUAACUGGACGUAGGUAUCAGUUAAAUCAAAGUGGUGAAGUAUAUUUGGAGAAGCAAUGGUCCAAGCAAAUUUUGCCUUUUGCAUACCAAACAAUUGUCAAGGAUAUAAAAGCUUUUGAUUCCCGCUUUUCCAAAAUCAAAACUUUGGAUGACCUUUUCCCUCUUGGAUGUAUAGUCUUCAUGCUGGGAACACCUUACUAUGGCUGCACAGGAGAGGUUCAGGAUUCAUGUGAUGUAAUCUUGGAAAGCAGAAUCCGUGUUGUUUUCAACAUUCCAUGUGAACCUCAGCUGGAUGCCUUAAUACAGAAUCAGCAUAAAUAUUCUGUGAAGUACAAUCCUGGAUAUGUGUUGGCCAGUCGUCUUGGAGUGAGUGGCUAUCUUGUGUCAAGAUUUACAGGAAGCAUUUUUAUUGGAAGAGGAUCCCGGAGAAAUCCACAUGGAGACCAUAAAGCAAAUGUAGGAUUGAACCUAAAAUUCAACAAAAAGAAUGAAGAGGUCCCUGGCUACACAAAGAAAAUUGGAAAUGAGUGGAUGUAUUCCUCAGCAGUAGAGCAACUCCUUGCUGAAUAUCUAGAAAGGGUCCCAGAACUUUUAAGUUACGUAGCCAAAAACAGCCAAGAAGAUAUAUUCUAUGAAGAUGACAUUUGGCCUGGGGAAGAAGAAAAUGGUUCUGAAAAGGUUCAAGAAAUUGUUGCAUGGCUAAAGGCUCAUCCUGUCAGUGCACUCUCUCGUUCCUCUUGUGAUUUACAAAUUUUGGAUGCAGCUAUCGUUGAAAAGAUUGAAGAAGAAAUAGAAAAGUGCAAGCAAAGAAAAAGUAAUAAGAAAGUACGAGUGACAGUGAAACCCCAUUUGUUAUACAGACCUUUAGAACAGCAGCAUGGAAUUAUACCAGACCGAGAUGCAGAAUAUCGACUGUUUGACCGUGUCGUUAAUGUGAGAGAGAGUUUUUCAGUUCCCCUUGGACUUCGUGGUACCAUAAUAGGAAUUAAAGGAGCCAGCAGAGAAUCUGAUGUGCUGUAUGAAGUACUGUUUGAUGAAGAGUUUCAUGGAGGCUUAACAAUAAGGAGCUCACCUGCCAGAGGGUACCGCGUGCCAGGCAGUGCCUUAAUUAACGUUUCUCAUGGUAAUCGGUCUGAAACAGGAAACCAGAAGCUAACAGCCAUAGUCAAACCCCAGCCAGCUGUGAGUCCAUACAGCUCGUACUCACCUGAAUCAUUUUCUGUAUCUACACAAAAAACACAUCAAGGAGGUCUCAACCAUUCCCCUCGUUCCCUCUUUGUUCCAACUCGACAAGUGAAUGGAAAACAGCAUAACACUCUCAAGGUUGAAAAUCAAGGCAAUUCCAGUUCCCUCCAGAAAGGGGCACAUUUAAGUGGCAAUCAGAAAUAUAAAGCCCACAGUAAACAAGAUGAUGAAUUUUGCAGCAUUUGGCAAUCAUUGCAGAGCUCUGGGAAGUCUCAUCCUGCCCAAAAAGAUAGACAUGAGAAGGGUGGAAUUUUACCUCAAUACAUAAAGCUAAAUACUGGUGGCCAGUUUUCCAAACCAGGAUUCAAUGAGAGCAGCUUCAAAGGCCAGCAAAGAAAGCAGGAAUCAUUUAGGAAGUCCAAAGAAGACCCUAAAGGUCCAAGAAGUGACAGUCACACACAUAAAGCAUCAAAUAAACUGAAUUUCACAGGUGCUAAUAAGUAUAAUGUGAAGCUUCUGAAGAGGAAUGAAGGCCCAAACAUGCCAGUAGAACAAAAGCCUACAGUUGAUGGUCUCAGUAUAACUGAGAAGAAUGCAUCUGAACUUGAAGAAAUUUUGGCAUCUCUGAACAUUUUCAAAGAUAAUGAGGUGCAAUCACCUUAUUCCAAGGAGCCAUCAAAGCAACAGCACUUGUCUCCGCAGUCUUUUGCUAUGAAAGGAACACAGAUGCUCAAAGAAAUUUUGAAGAUAGAUGGUUCUGACACAGGAGAAGCAAAGACAGUGACUAAUGAAAUUUCUGCUUCCACCUGUCGGCAGGAUUCUUAUGGACCUGCCUCACAACAUACCCAUACAAAAAAGAUGGCUGCUUUCCUGAACAAAUCCCCUAGCACAGCAGGGCCUCAGAAUGCUCAGGGCAUGGAGGUUGGAGGCCAUCCUCUUCUUGGACCACCAAACACAUUAUCUACUCCAGUUUCUGAGCUUUCUCGUAUCUGUUCCCUUCUUGGAAUGCUGCAGCCAGAUUUCUCAUUUCUUAGAACUCCACAGACAAUGACAGUUUGUCAAGUAAAGCUAUCGAAUGGUUUGUUAGUACAUGGACCUCAGUGUCACUCUGAAAAUGAAGCCAAAGAGAAAGCAGCUCUUUUUGCUUUGCAACAAUUGAGCUCUGUUGGGAUGAAUUUUCCUCUACCACCACCACCUGUAUUUCCAAAUUAUCAACCCAUGGGAGCUCUUGUGCCACCUGGACCCAUUCCUCCAGUCUUCACCCAGCACACUGCUAAUAUGUUUCCUUCACCACCUCAUUCAUUUGGCCCAGUGCCAUGGGGAGCACCAGUUUCAGUUCAUGGCAAGCCUUACUAUCCUGGUUCAUAUCCUGGGAAUAUGCCUUUUGUGGGUACUGUACCAGCUGGCGCGCAUAAUCAGUUUAUACCUUUGCAGGUAACUAAAAAAAGGGCUGCCAGCAUGAUGAAUUUUGAGUCAAAGGAGUUCCCAGGUUCUCUUCAAAAUGUGCAGUCAAAGAAUGAACAGGCAACGUCUGACACCACAAAAAUGAACCCACAAGAUGCUGCUUCAGAUCAUUUAAGGUCUCCUCCUCAAGCUGCUCAAUCUUUUCAAGAGAAAAAGGCUUCUCCAAGCUCAGUUUCCUCUCGUAAAAAAUCAACACCAAAUGUUUCUACCAAGCGAAAGCCAAGAAAAUUAGCUGUUAAUUUUGGUGCUCCCAAAUCUUCAGAAUAAGUAUGGUACACAGAUGAUUUUACUUUUCCUUAGUGUUACAAAAUGAAUAAAUAUUUAAAAUAUUUAAGCAUAAUAAUUUGAAAAAUGGAUUCUUAAUACUUCUGUCAGUUACAUUAUUUUGAAAAAAAAUUAUGUUCACUGAAGAGCUUGAUUUAAUCUGAUAAAACCCAGGAAACUCUUUGAAGCAACAACCCUAUCCAUCAUGCCUAGGUCUCUAAAAAGUAGGGUUUGUGUACUGUUCCAAGAGAAGAGUAAUAAUACUGACUUGGCAGUCAUAACUCAAAAUUGCUUUGUUUAAGCCAAGGUAUGAAAGUCUUCAAUUAAUACAAAGCAUAAUAGUUGAUGUCUCCUUUUAAUGAUGAUAUAUAAUUUCUAAAAGUGUUUGUUUAUAUGUAACCUGUGUUCUUCUAGAUUUUCAGGUCAUUUUGAUCUGAUGCAGUGUGAAUAGAUUUUAACUAUUGUGGCACUGCCAGCUUUGCUUUAUGUAAGGCUCAUUUCCAGGAGUUACGCCAAAGCAGCUUAAAAACGUAGACGUUGUCUGGAAUUAUUGUAACAAAUUGUCUUUAACUAAAUGCCACCAUGAAUGAGCCACUGACAGAUGAAACCAUAGUAAAUAAAUGCUUCAGGGAUUUACAGCAGGGGUAGCCAAUGUAGUACUCUCCAGAUGUUGUUGAACUCCAACUUCCUUAGCUCUAGCCAGCAUGGCCAAUGGUCAGGGAUUAUGGGACUUGGAAUUGAACAACAUCUGAAGGACACCGUGUUGGGUCCCCCUGAUUUACAGAAUAGUUUAAAUGCAAAUGUUGACAGGUGCCCCUUAACUACUGUAAGUUGUAGUUUUGAGAAUGACUCCUGUCUGCUGCUCUACUAACAUACAGCCUCCACUACAGAUCUGCUUUGUUCUUUUAAGUACUUCCAUUGUUCUGUAACAGUAUAUACUCCUUGGUUCUGGUAUAACCAAAGCAUGAUUCCUUAAAUAGUACUCAUAAAUAUGACUAAUCUUCCCAAUUAUUCCAGAGUGUGUGUUUGUAUGCUAGAAGAUUUAAAUUUACUGUCUUUUCAGGAACAUGGGAGAUAAGCCUAACUCAUAUUCAGACGCAAGCAUUGUCUUAGUUCCUUUGUGCUAUCUCAGCUCUCCUGUGCUGUCUUCCUAUAGUCUAAUUGUUCUUCAGCACAAGUUCAAGUUUCAUAAUCUGAGAGAGGUAAAAUAUUAACCUGAAGGAUGCUGUUUAUCACUUAUGUUUAAAAUGUCGCAAUCUUUUUUUUCUCUUUUAGUGGAAACAGCUUUAGCAGUUGUACUGCUGACAUGGGUGUGUUGACUUCAUGCAACAUACAUUACUUUUUUCCAGAACAUAGAUUAAUCUCCAUAUAAGAAAGUAAUGUUUGAACAGUACUUUCAGUGUCACCUUAGGUCUGGGUGUAUGCAUCAUGGAGCUAUUUAGAUCUAAGCUUCUCAGUGUGCAGAUCCAAGGCACACCACACACACACACACACAAAAAACUAGUAGCAUACCUCAUAAACAAUAUGCUUAUGUCAUGCAGGUUAAUUUUCAUGUUCAGCUAAUAUUAUAGAGCAGAGGUGGGGAGCCUUGUUAGUUCUAUGGGCCAGAUCCUUAUCAGAAUCUAGCCACGUGGGCAAAAUUUGACAGGGGUCAAUUGUGACAUCACAAUUACAUCAAGUGAUUGAGUGCUUUGAAGUUGGGACUUCUGCUUUCUGCUUGCACAGUUGAUUCAGCAGACUUGGCUCUUCAACCCAUCAGCUGAUGAACGGAAAAGCUGAAGCCUGCAGUUUCUCCACGAUCCAGCAGGCUUUGGUUUUACUACUAAACAGCUGGUGGGUGGUAGGGCUGAAGCCUGCUUUUCCAUGCCAAUGCACAUUGGGGAGUGUACUUUCAGGCUUCCAAUUGUACAUUGGCAGACAGAGGUUUGCUUUCCCUGAUGUAAAAUGUUCCUUAGUUUUACGGCAUUGAAAUUUUGCAGCACCUGAAGUGAUCUAGUUAAAGUGAAAAGUUCUUUCUAUACUGAUUUUAAUUUAAGAGUUAAAAACACAUGCUUAGUUUUGCUAUUUAGAUUAAUGGGACUUAAAGCACAUAGGGGGCACAAUCCAGCUGCAUUUCCAUUGAUAAAGUCUGUCAGAUUGCUCUCAUUGGUAUAAUUUAAAUUAUUUUCUCAGAUCAAAUUGUGUGGUAUUUUCACUUCAGUCUGUUAGAGCCUGAAUAAGGUGGCAAACUCCCAUGGAAGAGAAAAUUUAUUUACUAUUGUGUCUGAUGAACUACUUAGAACUUUCAUUUGUUUACAUUCCUGUGGUUCUGUGGUUAACUGACCUAUAACGUAAACACUGGAAUCUCUUCUUAUAUACUGAAUUCUGUAAGUCUUUUUAUGGACUCUGGUAUCAGCAUACUAGAAAGAAACACCCUAGAGAUUUAUGAGAGUUGACUAUCUCAGAACCAGCAAAUUUGUCUAUUUAUUGUUACCUUUGCAACAGGGCCUCUCUCUGUGUAUUCUUCUUAGAAAAAUGCCCAUCAAGUUUUCAUCAGCCUGGUUCCCAUCUUACUUGUCAUUACAGCUGUUUUACUGCUUUUUAUUUUCUCUGUUAAUUUGCAGGAUUAGUAUCAGUUUCUUUAUAUUUGCUGCCCAGUGUUUAGAUAUAUAACCUUUAAGACAUAAAUAAUUGGCUUAUGCCAUUUUAUCCAUAAUUUCAGCUUGGUUUUUUAUAAAGUUAUAUGGUUUAUUUCUCUCAAAGUGUAUUUUGGAAAUGCUGAAAUUUUUCAUUAAGAACUUGUACAGAGCAGUAUUUUAUUAAAAUCAGAAAGGGAAGACUUUUAUGUGCACAUUUUUGUAGUUUCUUUUUUCUAAAGAACUUUGUCUAUCUGCCAAGUGAAAUGUUUAAAAUUGGCAUGAAUUAAUAUGGAGUGUAUUUUUGUGUAUAGUGUUGUGCAUUUCAGAAUUCUAGCAUGUAGCUGUGCAAAGGUAUUUUUAAAUAUAAAUGUACAAUAUACCCUGAAGAAAUAAAUCAUAUGGAUUAAAUACUCUGGAGAACUUUCAUACAAUAAUUUUAUAAAAGUCUUGGCCUUGUCUGCUUGGAU